CGUUCAUGGAUGCAACGGGAGUCUGAGUGCGGAGAGUUUUUUUCCUUCUUCUACCAACUUUACAGCCGUCAAAAGGCAAUUUCCUUAUGGUGUUUAAAAUUCGAUAUCGUUUUCAUGGAUAAGCAUCUUAUUUUGUAGCAUUUAGAGUCUCGGUGCAAAUCAGAUUUGGUCUGUCAAGAUGCAGCUCCGAACCGUUCUUGACGUCAAUGUGGUGGACGUGCAGAAGAGAAGGAACCCCUCCAAACACUAUGUGUACCUCAUCAACGUCACUUACUCAGACUCCACUUCCCAUGUCGUCUACAGGAGAUACAGCAAAUUCUUUGACCUGCAGAUGAGAAUUCUCGACAAAUUCCCAAUUGAUGGAGGACAGAAAGACCCCAAAAAGAGGAUUAUUCCUUUUUUACCAGGUAAAGUCUUGUUUCGCCGAAGUCACAUAAGAGAUGUAGCCGUCAAAAGGCUGAAGCACCUGGACAAUUACUGCAAAGCCCUGAUGAAGCUUCCCACCCACAUUUCCCAAAGUGAGGAGGUCCUGAAGUUCUUUGAGACCAAGUCAGAGGACCUCAACCCUCCCACAGAAGACUGUGGAGGCUCCGGCAAGCGAAAGUCAGGUCUGGAUGCUUCGGAUCCCAUGCUCCUGGAACAGUAUGUGGUGGUGGCCAAUUACGAGAAGCAAGAGCCUGCAGAAAUCGGCCUUCAAGCAGGGGAGGUGGUCGACGUCAUUGAGAAGAGCGAGAGUGGUUGGUGGUUCGUCAGCACCGCAGAGGAGCAGGGUUGGGUCCCUGCUACCUAUCUCAACUCCCACAGUGGCACAAGGGAUGACUUGGAGCUAGGCGCCUCUAAAGCUGGGGAAGAAGAGAAGUAUGUAACGGUGCAGCCCUACUCCGGCCAGGGAAAGGAUGAAAUUGCUUUUGAGAAAGGCGCCAUUGUGGAGGUGAUUCAGAAGAACCUGGAAGGCUGGUGGUUUGUCAGGUACCAGGAUAAAGAGGGCUGGGCUCCAGCCUCAUACCUGAAGAAGAUGAAGGAUGAUCUCUCACCCCGCAAGAAGACUGUGACGGGCCCAGUGGAGAUCAUUGGAAACAUCAUGGAGAUCAGUAACCUGCUUAACAAGAAAGCCUUGAGUGAGAAAGAUGUGCAGAUUGAAGGAGUCCCAGAGAGCCCCCAGGUGGCCAAGAAGGAGAUCAGCCUGCCGAUCCCUUGUGCCGACUCCAGCCCUGUUGGUAGUCCACAGGAUGGUAAAAGUAAAGCAGAGCCUCCCUCACCGGCUAUAGCUCGCAUCGCCCCUCAUCGGGUGGAAAUUGGUUCCCCAGUUCUCAGGCAAAAACCUCCUCCCCGAAGAGAUGCAACCCUGGGAUUUCAGUUGCCCUCUCCACCAGAGCCCCCUACAGUUGAAGCAGAGUAUUACACCAUUGCUGAUUUCCAGUCCUGUAUAUCUGAUGGUAUCACUUUCAAUGGAGGACAGAAAGCAGAGGUGAUUGAGAAGAACUCUGGUGGUUGGUGGUAUGUCCAGAUAGGAGAGAAAGAGGGCUGGGCUCCCUGCUCCUACAUUGACAAACGUAAAAAGCCCAACCUGAAUCGUAGAACAAGCACACUGUGCCGCCCAAAAGUUCCACCCCCAGCCCCGCCUGUCAAAAAACAAGACUCAGUGGAAACUGCACCUCCCAGCAGCCCCGGGUCCGAAGCUCCAGAGUCCCCCGUGUCUCCUGGAAGGCCGGUGUAUGAAGAGCCAGAAUAUGACGUCCCUGCAAUUGGUGAUCUGGACAUGGAGUCUGAGUUUGAGUUUCUGAGAGGAGAAGGUUCCUUGGUGGAUGUAAAAAAUGAGGACACUUGCUCCGAGAAGGGAUCCCAGCUGUCCUCCAAACCUUCUCCGGCUUCGUCGCUCCACAGUGCUUCCUUCAAGAUGUGUGAGUCAUUUGAAGAUGGCCACGAGGCAGAAGGGGAAGCAGAGGGAGAGGAAGAGUGUAUCUAUGAGAAUGACGGCUUCCGGGCCUUUAGGGAGACGCCAGAGAGGCAGUGCAGCAGGGACUCAAAUUCCUCCAAGACAAGUGUCUUGUCAGAAACUGGCAAGACUGCAAACCCAACAUCAGGUGGUUGGAGACCUGCAGGUAACAAGCUCAAGAUCGACUUGAAUGGGAGCCCAUUUUCAACCAAAGCUGAGGAGGCAUCCAGUCCUAAAUCUGCCUCUGUUGAGUCCACCCCAGAUCUGUCCAGAACAAAGAAAGACCAAGAGGAAAGCAAAGCAUCCUUCUCCAUCAAGUCUUCCUCCAAACUAAAGCCAGUGGUGAGGCCUAAACCACAGCUCGCCAAGGCGUCCAGUGCAGAGAAGAUGGACAUCAGCACCUUGAGAAGGCAGCUGCGACCAACAGGGCAGCUGAAGAACGGCACCAAAACUAAAGGAGAGGACUCUGAGACAGCUUCAGUCAUCUCCUCAGAGGAUUCUUUCUCCUCUCAGAGCACGUCCGAUCUCUCCUCCAUCUAUUCUAAAGGCAGCCGGGGAGACUCUGACCUGGAAGGCUGCAGCCUGUAUCGCACCACAGAUCUCUACGAGAAAGUCCAGGAGUCUGAGGUCAGCUUCCCCGCUGGAGUGGAGGUGGAAGUGCUGGAGAAGCAGGAGAGUGGCUGGUGGUAUAUUCGCUGGGGAGGCACAGAGGGUUGGGCUCCGACUUACUACCUGGAGCCCGCCAGGCAACAAGAUGACAUGGCAGGGUCUGAAUCUGAUGGCACCCCGACCAAACCUGGAAGCCUCAGCAAGUCCAACAGCCUGGAGAAGAAUGAACAAAGAGUGCAGGCUUUGAACAACAUCAACCAAAACCUAAAGAAGGUCACCCCGCCCAUCCCCUCCAAACCUCCUGGCGGCCUUUCCAAACCCAUUGGCUUGUUCAGUUCACGAAAGCAGAACAGCACCAAACAACAACAGGUUGUGAGACCUCAGUCUGUCUUCAUAUCAGCCCCUAUCAGGGACGGUCCCAGCCCUGUUGGCUCUCUCAGGAGAAACGAGUCCCUCAACUCUGCAGACCACCCUCGUGCCAGCCCCACAGUGCGUCGCAAUGCCUCCUUCGGCACAGUCCCACGUAAUCUGCCGCCAAACAACAUAGCACUACCCAACAGGAACAGAUCCGGUACGGGCAGCUCUGAAUCCCUCGGCCUCAGCUCUCAGAAGAAUGCCCUCCCUGUAUCCACAGUGAAACCCAAGCCCCACAUCAUCCAUAACAACCUCAGAGAGGUGUAUGUCUCCAUAGCAGAUUAUCACGGGGAUGAGGAGACCAUGGGAUUCCCUGAAGGGACGAGUCUGGAGGUCCUGGACAGAAACCCCAAUGGAUGGUGGUACUGCAAGGUUCUGGACAAUGGCGGGCCACGAAAAGGAUGGGUCCCCUCAAAUUACCUCGAGAAAAAGCACUAGCACUCAUGUGUGGAGUAGGCAGAACUCUGAGCAUGCGUGUAAAGACUACUCAAACAGAUUUAUUUUGUGAAAAAAAAAGCCAAACCAUAAGACAUUAAGUAAGGAUCUAAAUCUUACCCGGUACCUUUGCCAAAAACGAGCAGCCAGAUCAAAUUGUGACUUUGAAAUUAAAUGAGACAUCUGGUAAAAUGAGUCUACGUGAUACAGUGCCUGAGACGUUGCAUUAGGAGCAAUAUAACGAGACUUAGAGACGCAGCCAAAGAGAACACCAGAGAGUGGAAGAAUGAUUUAAUGCUAUUCUUCAGUGGAUACCUUUAACUUGAACUAAGAUCUAAGACCUUUCUCUGUAAGUUUAAUAUGUAAUUUUUUAAAAACUUUUAAAAGCAUUUAAAGCUUACUGCAUGUUUGAAAUGAUUCAUUAUAAUGACGAUGCCUUGAGCUGUUGAAGUUAAAGCUACAGUUGGUAACUUUUAUUAAAAAAAAAUACUUUUUUGUCCUAUUUGCUCAAACUGUCACUAUAUGCUGACAGUAGUAAAUGAGACAAUCUGUGAAAGAAUCGUGUUACUUUUCCUCCUCUAAGUGCUCCUAUUGGCAUAAGGGAAAUAACCAAUCGGAGCCUAGGAGCCGCUAAUGCAGCUGUCAAUCAGUCAAUGGCUGCUCGAGAAUUGCAGUCAGACUGUCAAACUAGGCAGUGCUGGUUAGUACAAAUCAAAAUUCUAUUACUGCAUUGCAUAUUUCUCACCUCAAAUAUUUUCAGAAACAUUUUAGUGUACUGCAGUUAGUCUAGUGAUGUGCAGGUCAGUCCACAGAUGGGUCAAAAAGUGACAAAUCAGUGUUCACAAUAAAUUAUUAAGAAGUCCACCUUCCACACAUUAUCUUCUCUCUCACAGACAGACAGGCACACCACUUAGAGAGCUCCAGACACAGUCGGUCUCUGUCCUUCUCUCGCCUUCUAAGAGCGCUACUAUAAUGCAUAAAGUUGGUGGUUUACAGCUUGGGUGGUUGCACAAUGAUUUCCACAUCUCUUUGCUGUCUGCUGUCUAAAAUCACACACUGGUGCAACAAUAUGUGCGGUGUAAAAAAGCAAAGCUGGCAUAAUUGACAUUCUUUACACCAAUAUGGAGGAAUCUCUGUGUAAAAGAUUGACAUGAUUGACAGCUGUGUUUGGGACUCAUCAGGUCUGAUUUGUUGUUUUUGUUCAGGCACCGUAAACUCUCGCAAAUGCUUUUAGGAGCACUGGGAGGAGGAGCACGAUUUUUUCACAGAUUAUCAGUCUCAUGUACUCCUGUCAGGACGUAGUGACCAUUCAAGGAAAUAUGACAAAAAGUUUUUUUGUUUUUUUUUUACAAAAGUUAUCAACUGAACCUUUAAACCUUUUUCUCCUCCUUUCUGUAAAGAAAAUCUCAGUUGUUGCCAAAGCUGCUUUGUGUUAGUCUCACCAUGGUGCUGUCUGUUUGCAUGUUUUUUAAAUAUCUUUUUAAACUGUAUGUCAACCUUUUAUGUGAAAUAUUUUAUCCAUUUAAUUGUGUAAUAUUUUCCUAUCAAAACAAUUUGUGAGCAUCUCUGAUUAUCACAGUAUUUUCUUACACUUAAAUGUAAAAACAAUCCCUGAUUAUCUACCCUUAAAAGUUUUUUUGUUUGCAUUUCAGAGGCUUAUUUUUCAAAAUUAAACUUUCCUAACGCCACUGAAAACUAUAUUUAUUCAUUACUUAAAAAUUCUAUUAUUACUUAUUUUAUUAUUAUUGUAAGAAAUUUACUGAUAAAAAACAACAACAACUGCUUAACAUUUCUAAGAACUGCUCUAUUAAUAAUGAUAACAUUUUGAAUUUCUGCUGGGCAGUAAAUUUGACACAACUCUUCAGCUGCAGUAGUACUAGGAUGCUCACUUUUGUUUAAUGUUAACUGUGUGACCAGUGAUAAUAACUGAAGUGCCAAAAGAAUGAAUUAAAUAAAUGCACUUUUGAACAUUA